GGGAUCGGGAGGACGCCAUCCAUUUGCUGCUCUAAAGUUCCAUUAUGGGCCGACUUGACGGGAAAGUCAUCAUCCUGACAGCAGCUGCUCAGGGCAUCGGCCAGGCAGCUGCCAUAGCUUUUGCAAGAGAAGGUGCCAAAGUCAUCGCCACAGAUAUCAAUGAGUCCAAACUGCAGGAACUGGAAAAGUACCCCGGCAUUCAAACUCGAGUCCUUGAUGUCACCAAGAAGAAACAAAUUGACCAGUUUGCCAAUGAAGUCGAGAGACUUGAUGUUCUCUUUAAUGUCGCUGGUUUUGUGCACCAUGGAACCAUCCUAGACUGUGAAGAGAAAGACUGGGACUUCUCAAUGAACCUCAAUGUCCGCAGCAUGUACCUGAUGAUCAAGGCAUUUCUUCCCAAAAUGCUCGCUCAGAAAUCUGGCAACAUCAUCAACAUGUCCUCUGUGGCUUCCAGCAUCAAAGGAGUCGUGAACAGAUGUGUGUACAGCACAACCAAGGCGGCCGUGAUCGGCCUCACCAAGGCCGUGGCUGCCGACUUCAUCCAGCAGGGUAUCAGGUGCAACUGCGUGUGUCCAGGAACAGUUGAUACCCCAUCUCUGCAAGAAAGAAUACAAGCCAGACCAAAUCCUGAAGAGGCACUGAGCGAUUUUCUGAAGAGACAGAAGACUGGAAGGUUUGCAACUGCCGAAGAGAUAGCCCUGUUGUGCGUGUAUCUGGCUUCUGAUGAAUCUGCCUACGUAACAGGUAAUCCUGUCAUCAUCGAUGGAGGCUGGAGCUUGUGAUUUCAGGAUCUCCUCGCUCAGAAGGCCCGCCCUUCCUGUCUACUGUGAACCUGGUUAUGAAGAACACUCACCAUGUCUUUCUAGUUAAUGGCAUAGCAAUGAAAACAAGCCCUUUCUAAUGAUGUCAUUGUUCACAAGUCUGGUUCUUUAAUUAUAAUAAUUUCUUCCUAUCAUUUUUCUAAUCAUUGUAGAUAAGAUAAAAGAUAAUGAACUCACUGCAAAUGAAGCGUUUUAAAAAUAAACCUCAAUGUGUAAGUAU